UGCAUGCUCCUUGGCUCGCAUUGGUCUAACUUUUUUUUUAGCCCGUUUGGUUUUCUGGUCCACGCCGCGUUGUUGCAGGAACCGGUUCUUAAAGCACUCUCGGGUUAGGUCCUGGAGGAACGCCCGGUUCGACCGUUUCUAGCGAGCCACCCUGUUUCUGUAGAAGUGAAGAACGCGGCGUCCUCGCAGAGCCAACGCGGGACAUGGCGGGAGCUCGCGCGGAACGGCAAAAUCUCGGCGCCAUGAAUUUGGUCACCGCGCUUGAAUUUUCGCCACCGUAUAUAGGGGCGGCUCUCUCACCGGCAAAUCCAAAUCCCCCAUUUCGAGCUCAUCCAACAUCCCCGAUCUAGCGACAUGGCCGACUCUACCUCACCCGCACGGUCGGCGAGGCUUGCGGUGGCGACAGCGGCUGUGGCGGCGGCUACUAGCCGCCGAGGAUGGUCGUCUUCUUCGUGUGCGUCGAUGACUUCGGUUGUGCACAUUCCUUCGUCGCCGGUGGAGGUUGUGGAGGUUUUCCAGGUUCCAUCUGACUCUACGACGGGGACGGUGGUGCUGCCUGCAUCUUCCACUGGGACGGUGGUGCUUGCUGCAUCUCCGCCAGGGUCCCCAGCUUCCCCUACAUCGGUGCUGCGUGUGGAUUCUUUGACUGCUAUCAUAUCUUUGGGCUCCCCUGAUCUAUCUGCGGCAAGUGUGAAUGUUCAGCCAUCUUUGAUAGCAAGCAAACCAGCCAUGGUUUGGAAACCUGAGCUAUCAGAGUUUGUGCUGAAUAGGUUGGUUCAGCUCGUCCAUAGCGGCGUCUGCUUCAACAUGGGAUUCAAGGAGCAGAAGAUGAAGAAGGUAGCUGCGGAUGUUCUUGCAUUCGUCGGCGUACAUGUCGCCACUCUUCAGUUGUACAACCACAUCAGAAACUGGAGGACGAAGUGAAGCGUCGUCACGAAGAUAAAAUCCGAUCGCAUUCUCGACUGGAGUGAAGAUGGUUGCUGCUUCUACGGCGGUGACGAAGGGGCGGCGGACGAGUACAUCCAGCGGUACCCGAAGAACCGUCAGUACGUCGGCACCCCGAUCACCAACUAUGCUUAGAUGAAGACGAUCUUCACUCCCCGGUUCGUCUACAAGGCGCAACUGUUCCAACCUAACUUGCUGGUCAGGGCUAUCGACUUCAUUGCAGACAAUGAAGCCGAGUAAGCCGCCUACCGUAAGCUGUAGCCACCGGAGAGGAGGAGCUGGCUUAGGACCUGUCUCCGCAACCAGUUUCCUGCUUAGUGCGUCUGCUUCCUUCUCAUGAUCCACUGAUUUUGGGAGGUGAUCUUGUAUCCCUCCAUUAGUUAGGACUUGCUACAACCUGAUCCCCGGUUUGUAAUGAUGAACUUGUUCGAGGUGGUA